UCAGUAUCUCCACGGUCAGUACCAUAUCAGCGGCAGUGAAGAAGAAUGAAGUGUUGACGUCGCCUUUAAAGAAUCGCCCUCGCCUUAAGCCUGUGACAGAUGUAUCUAAUUUGAACGUCGAUGGUAUUAGAAACACAAUUUAUGAAAUGUACGAAAACAAAGUGCAUGUUACAUUGGCAUCUGUGCAUGAACAGCUUCGUGAAAAAGUCAUUUUUCAUGGUUCAUUUGGCAUCAUUGCGAAAGAAGAAAAGAAAUUGGAUUUAAAUGGAAAAAAUACGAGCCCAGGCGAGGUCUAAUGGAACUACCCCAUGUGGCAAGUAAAAGAAUUCGUUUUCUGCGCCAAUACAAAGAUUUCAAGGAAAAAGAUUUGUACCAAUUUGUUUUUCUUGAUGAAACGUGGAUAUUACAAAAUGGCACUAUACAACACUCAUGGCAAGAUAGUAAUGAAAGAAGUGUGAAAACCAUCAAAACUGAUGGAAAGCGACAAAUAAUUCUGCAUGCUGGGAAUGAGAAAGGAUUCAUACCUGGUGCAAAUUUAAUAUUCGCAUCAAAAACUUGUGGUGAUUAUCACGGAGAAAUGAACCAGACGAAUUUCUUACAUUGGUUUCAAAAUCAAUUGCUUCCAAAUUUAAGUGAACCGUCUGUCAUUAUUAUCGAUAAUGCGCCGUAUCACAAUAUGGAAGUUAACAAAGCACCUAAUGUUUCAUGGAAAAAAGGUGACAUUCAAAGCUGGCUAACUAAUGAAGGAAUUAUAUAUUCUGAGCAGAUGCUUAAAAGUGAACUUCUGUUGAAGGUGUCACAAAAUAAACCAGAAAAAACAUAUUUUGUUGACCAAUUAGCGGAACAAUAUGGUCAUAAAGUGUUGCGCCUUCCACCCUACCAUUGUAUUUUUAAUCCCAUAGAGUUAAUAUGGGGUAUAACAAAAACUUAUUAUAAUAAACAUAUUGGUAGAGAUGGGAAAACAGAGGCUGAUUGUUUAAAUAUGUGGCAAGAAGCAGUUAAUGUCGUGACACCAGAUAUGUGGAAAAAUUCAAUCAAACACACUGAAGGUGAAAUAAUGAAAUGGUAUGAAAGAGAAAAAAUGUUAGAUAUGCAAGAUAUCGAUACCUAUUUGCCAAAGUAUCGUAAGCCGCAAUUUUCCCCAAAAAUUACUUUUCUGACUAUCGUAAGCAUCAGACUUAUUGUAAACGAUCCACCAAACUAUCGUAGGUCAAUAAAAGCAAAAUUAACAGGAAAAGAGGUAUUUGUUUUGUCGUAAGUACGUUAAAUUCCUUGCGAUGAAGACCAAAGUAACGUAACCAACGUUCAUUUUCCGAGUGGUGACUGCAAAAGUAUCGUAAAUAACAUCACCUGAUGUUGUUUACGAUACCUACUAUGUCGCUUAAGAUACUUCAG